UACGUAUUUAUUAUUAUCGACAUCGUGGCUUAUCUAGAUUCACGUGACCCACGUAUGAGUUCAAGUAUUCGUUAAUAUUCAACUCAAGUUAUGGCUUAAUAUAAUGUUAUCUUCUUAUUUAUGAGGUUCGUGCUUGUAAAUAGUGUGCAUUUUAAACUGAGAUGUAAAUUGAAGAUGACUUUCGUUAGGACAUUGCCUUGAAAUUUAUUUAAUAAGGAUAUAUUCCAGCUAUUCUGUACUGUUUGAGCCUGUAGGGUGCCUGAAGACUGAUGGCGUCUGUUCUCAUCCCCAACUGUCUGGCAGACGUGGUGCUACUGGUGGGAGUCAACCAUCUGACUGGGCUCAACCCUGCCUCAACUGAGAUGGGCAGUUCUGUGAAGGUCAGUUUGGAGCAGGAGUUUGAGGCGCAUGUCCUUACAGUGAUCAGCGCGACAGACAUGGUCAGCUUCUUCCCCUUCAUUCAGCGCGUGAAGAAAUACCCACCACAGCCUGCCAAUAAAUCGUGGACAGUGAGUAGUGAUGAAAGAGAAAGCAGUGCUGAAACCAUCAAUAAGCGACCCAUGAUGGUGAACUACUCUGGCCCUGAGAUGAGCCUGAGGAUACAUCGCAGCCCUGUGGAUAACCAGAAGGUCUUCACACGGCAUCUGUCCAUGUAUCACAUUGCGGAUGGGGCAACCCCUGUACCCCUCCCUAAACUUCCCAUCUGUGAUGAAGUGAUCAAGUCAAUUCCUACAUUCUGUUUUCCGGAUGGAUUAAAGAUAUUUCAGCAGAAGCCGGACAAUGUGACGCAUUGUUUUGUGCUCACGGAUAUGUCUGGAAGGCGGUCGUUUGCUGCAUGCUUGACUUUCUAUCGUCCAUUCUUUGUUUUGGAGGACACUGAAGGUAACAUCUACGUUGAGGCCAGCAGCAAGCAAGCCAUGAAUACCAGCUCGAAUGGCAAAGGUGGGGGGAAGGACAAAGGCAAGCAGAACGUAGACUCCAUGAAGGACAAAGGCAAGCAGAACGGAGACUCCAUCUACUAUCUUCCCCACUGCUUUGUCAUCAUCUCAAAGUACCCCUACUAUACGACGCUCAAAGAGUGUCUGUCUAGUUUGCUGACAUACACGGAGCGAGAUCCAGAAGAGAUGACAACUUUCCUGAUGGAGUAUUCCAACAUUCUGACACACACCGUUGUCCCUCCGGCUGGUAACCUUGCUGUGCGUAUCAACCUGUACCAGCUUCCUGUUACGCUAGUUCCAUCGCUGCACGCGGAUCGUCCUGUCAUAGACCUGCCCCUACAUCUGGCCUUUCAGUGUUUCGGCAUUGAUGAGUUCCUGAAAGUCCUCUCAUGCAUUUUGCUGGAAGAGCGCAUUGUCUUCUUGUCAUCCAAUUACUCGCUUCUUACAGUUGUUAUGGAGACAAUGCUGACGCUGAUACUUCCACUGAAGUGGCGCUUUACCUACUCCACAAUUCUGCCUUCCAUUGCCCUGGGUUACCUAGAGUCGCCAGGAACAUUCAUGUACGGUGUCCACUCCAAACACAAGCAUCAAGUCAGACAGGUUGAAGGGUUGGUGUUGGUAGACAUUGAUCAGGGAACAAUAGAAAUCAACGCAGACUCGGAUACGGAAAGCGACCCGGAAAUUAUCCCACUGCCAAGAGAGAUAACUGAGGGCUUCCGGCGAAAAUGGUCACAACUCAAGGCACAGUUUGAGCUUCAAGAUACGAAACGACCGUUUUGCUACAACAUGGAAGAACUACGGGAGUCAACACAACACAGAAUCUGGAAGCAAAACAGGGUGAUUGCCCAUGCUGGGCUAGAAUUUAUGGUCACCUUGUUUAGAGAUGUCGUGCAGUCACUGAACCUGAAACAUCACCUGUUUGACUCAGAAGAAUUUCUCAAACAAAAGAACGACGACCCUUUCUACAAAAGGUUAUUCAAGACGGACAUGUUCAAGGUAUUUCUGGAAGAGAGAAUGACGGAGAAGACCGAUUACUUCUCAGAGUUUCUGUUAAAAACAAAAGGCUUUUCCUCCAGACCCGUGGCAGGAAUGGGCAGGAGGCACAGCAGCGCCCAAUCCAUCUCCAGUAUCCAAGAAGUGCCCGUAGAGAAACGUGUUAUCGGCACGUUUGACAUGCCAGACCUCGCUGAAAUCACCGAGUACAUCAAGAAGACUGAAGAGAAACUGCGACGAGAACUGACAGAAGCCAACAAGUCUGACGACAAGUCCUCACUUCUCUACAUCCUGUCUUUGCUGUGCGUAGCCAAGGGUGACAAGAUGGCAGCCAUUGAACACCUGAUUAAAGUUGCUGAGAUAAAUUACAGGAUCCUUCCUACAGAAGUGUUGUUCAGUUUAUAUUCGGAAAUGACGGACACAGAGAAGGUUGCUAUGAAGAAGAAGACGGGUCACAAGCUGCUGGAGGACGCCGUACAGAGUUACGAGAGACAGGAGAGACACACUCGAGAGCACGGGAUCAUCCGUAUGGACCCUAUACCCAUGCCGGACAAAGAUCUUAGUGAUACGGAGUUCGAACGGAUAUUGACAGAGAAGAAGAUAUCUCACGAUUUUCAGAUCAUCGAAGUGUUGUUCCAAAAUCUAAAGGACCCUGAAACCCAUCUGGUCCCAAAGGACAUCUUCAAAUAUCUUGUUGACUUCUGGGUAGAAAACCAGGUCAAGUGCUCACAGGUGAAAAUCGACGAAGGUCGGCUGGCGGAUGACGAGGUCAUUCUGAAGGUUUCGGAACUUAUUAAAACUGAUUUUGGCCUGGGUCGAAUGUGCCUCACUGACAAAAGGUUGUUUUUCCAAACGGACGUGACGAACCACUUCAAGGAGAUCGCCAAGCUACGGGAGAUCGAGCGUCUGGAGCGGUCCGAGCACGCAGGCUUCCUCAGCAGGGUCCCCACACUGCGCAUACACAAGAAGAAAAACGACAAGGACAAGGAUUCUGUGUUCACGGUAUACCUGAAGGACGACCGCAACUGGUGGUGCAUGGUGAUCCAGGAGAUGUUCUCUGGACGCGUCAUGGCCGCAGCCAUGAAAGAUGUAAUGAUGGUGCAGCUUGCAAUACAGAACGCUCUACUUAUAGACGCCGUCAUAGCCAGUGGCCAAGAGACUUUGGCGUUGCUUAACACGAAGAUUGAGAAGGUUGCCGAGAAGCUGAGCGUGUUUAGCCACAUGGUGGACCAGGGGAGGCACAUCCUGCCCGGCGACACAAGGGACGCACUUCAGACAAAACUGGACCCCAACAUCCUAGAGAAAAAGCGACAAACUGUUCAGGCGCUGCUGUAUACAUGCGGAGAUGAGCAGACCUCGCCCCGGCUGUGGUGUGGCCUGAGCGACGGCAAGAUUAAGAUUUAUGACGCCAUCUUCUGGAACCUGGAGAAAGAACUCGACCAAACAAAGCCACAUUGUAUGUGUCUCAAGGUGGUUGGUGGUACCCACGUGUGGGCGGGGUCGUCAGGCAUCUUUAUAUUCGACGUACGUGUGUUCUCGUGCAACAAGACUCUCAUGGACCACCCGGACCUCAUUUCGAGCAUAGUUCCAUACGACCAUGGCAAGUAUGUGUACACGGCAAGUCUGGAUGGCACAAUCAUCAAAUGGGAAGUCCAGCGUCUCUCCCACGCACAGGCUGUCAUCAAACAUGAACAGUUUAACGGUCUGCGCGGGCUGCAUAUGUACCACGAUAGAAUGAUAUGCCAUAAGUGGUCGACGAUAUUUAUAACUGAACUCAAUGGCAAUAUACUUCACUCUCUGCGGGUUUCACCGGAAACGAUAGCAGACAAAUCCUCGGAAGUGGAUGGAGUUUCAGUGAUAUCCAAUGGACAGAUAUGGGCUGGUGGACGCAAACAUGGUUUAGUGCACAUAUGGGACAUCACCACCGGGGAGUUGUUGUAUGUUCUUGAUACCGAUGAAAGUCCAGGCAGAAAGUCUGAUGGUAUCGCAAGCAUAGCCGAGAUCGAUAAGAAGGUCUGGAUUGGAACGAAAUCCGGUGACAUACGAAUAUUCUCAGCAAUAGACCGGAAGUUCAUCAAAAAGCUUUCUGCCCACGAAGACUGUGUAAGAGUGCUGUGUGACGUCAACGAUAGCCUUGGUGACGACGGGGGUACUUGCAUUUCAAGAUAUAUCAUAUCAGGUGGGGGCAGUGCCGACGGACGGGUGUGCAUUUGGAGCGCCAGUGUUAACACCACUGUCACAGACUCCGGCAACUUUGUUGCUAAAGUGGAUUGAAGCUCUGAGAUUUAUUCAGGACGACACACUGAUUAACUCAACACACUAGUUUAAUGAAAUACGAUUAUUUUGUAAAAAGUGCAUAUAAUUAUUGAUUUGAUUUUUGUGCCCCCGGUAGGAGGGCAUAUAGUGAUCGGACUGUCCGUCCGUCUGUCCGUCUUUCCGUCACAUUUUGCGUUUAGGUUUCGAAAAAUGCUCAUAACUUUUAUGUCCCUUGAGAUAUAACCUUCAUAUUUGGUAUGCAUGUGUAUAUGGACAAGGCCUUUCCAUACGCACACAAAUUUUGACCCCUGUGACCUUGACGUUGAACUUAGGGUCCGUGUUUAGGUUUCGAAAUCUGUGUUUAGGUUUCGAAAAACGCUCAUAACUUCUAUGUCCCUUGAGAUAUUACCUUCAUAUUUGGUAUGCAUGUGUAUAUGGAUAAGGCAUUUCCAUACGCACAAAAGUUUUGACCCCUGUUACCUUGACGUUGAACUUGGGGUCCGCGUUUAGGUUUCGAAAUCUGUGUUUAGGUUUUAAAAAAUGCUCAUGACUUCUAUGUCCCUUGAGAUAUAACCUUGAUAUUUGGUAUGCAUGUGUAUAUGGACAAGGCCUUUCCAUACGCACACAAAUUUUGACCUUAUGUGACCUUGACGUUGAACUUAGCGUCCACGUUUAGGUUUCGAAAUCUGCGUUUCGGUUUUGAAAAAUGCUCAUUACUUCUAUGUCCCUUGAUAUAUAACCUUCAUAUUUGGUAUGCAUGUGUAUAUGGACAAGGCCUUUCCAUACGCACAAAAAUUUUGACCUCUGUGACCUUGACGUUGAACUUAGGGUCCGCGUUUAGGUUUCGAAAUCUGCUUUUAGGUUUCGAAAAAUGCUCGUAACUUCUAUGUUACUUGAGAUUUAACCUUCAUAUUUGGUAUGCAUGUGUAUAUGGACAAGGCAUUUCCAUACGCACAACAAUUUUUACCCCUGUGACCUUGACCUUGAACUUAGGGUCCGUGUUUAGGUUUCGAAAUCUGCGUUUAGGUUUUGAAAAAAGCUCAUAACUUCUAUCAAGCUUUUAUAGGGGGCAUAAGUCAUCCUACUGUGACAACUCUUGUUAAAUAUGUUAUUUUUUACAUACCUGCGUCUGUUUCUUGACAUGAUAUUUUGUACAUGUGUAUUUGCAAUUAACAUGGUGCAAUGAAACCUAUUAAUGAAUCUUUCUAAGUGCAAUCUUGUAUGAUUUAAAUUAUUAACCAGGUUUUCCGAAGGAAAAAACUGGUUAUGAGAUUGGCGAAUGCGGGCGGGCUGGCUGGCGGGCUGGCGGGCGGAACAAGCUUGUCCGGGCCAUAACUAUGUCGUUCAUUGUCAGAUUUUAAAAUCAUUUGGCACAUUUGUUCACCAUCAUUGGACGGUGUGUCGCGCGAAAUAAUUACGUCGAUAUCUCCAAGGUCAAGGUCACACUUUGAGUUCAAAGGUCAAAAAUGGCCAUAAAUGAGCUUGUCCUGGCCAUAACUAUGUCAUUCAUUGUGAGAUUUUAAAAUCAUUUGGCACAUUUGUUCACCAUUAUGGGAUGGUGUGUCGCACGAAAGAAUCAUGUCAAUAUCUCCAAUGUCAAGGUAGCCACGACUAAAAAUAGAUUUUUUUUAAAAACAAACUUACAAAGGGGGUUUAUUUUGUUUGUUCAUUUCAAAAGUUCAGUUUGAGUUUUCUCCCUUUAUCAGAUUUUUUUUUCACAAUGAAAACCUGGUUUUGUGACAAUUUUGUCCCUUGUUUUUUUUAGAAUGAUCCUCGUUCUGAGAAAACCUAUGUAAUGCGUACUCCUAAUGAUUUAUAUCCCACUCUAUUGAUCUUGCUGAAAUCUUAACAGUGGAAUGGCCUUUACUUUUAGAUGAUCAUAAAGGAAGGAAUAUUGACUCUGACCUGUUGUGGUUGAACUAUGACCCUUUGUAGUUGUUAUACUGUUUAAUAUAUUGUAAGGGUGCAGGAUCACGUGACUCUGUAGGGUUCCCAAUUAAAAGUUAAUGGUUGUAAACACACACGUAAGUGCUGUUUUUUGUCCCCUACCGGUGAAACCGGAAGGGACUUAUGAUUUGCGCUAUGUCUGUCUGUCUGUCUGUCUGUCUGUCUGUCUGUCUGUCAGUCUGUCCGUCACACUUUUCUGGAUCCUGCCAUAACUUUAAAAGUUCUUCAUAUUUUUUUCACGAAACUUGAAACAUGGAUAGAUGGCAAUAUGGAGAUUAUGCACGUCAUUUCAUUUUGUUCCUACGUCAAGAAUACUGGUUGCUAUGGCAACAAAUAAAAAAUAUUUACUGACAAUGGUGGAGUUUCACCGCUAGGGGACCAUAUUGCUUGGCAAUCUCUUGUUCCACAUAACUUUUUAGAACAAUUUUCCUUAAGCAUUUCAACAAGUGUAUAAAUGACAGAUUUUUAUGCUGCUUAUGGCAAUGUGAAAUACUUCAUAAUAUUUAAUAAGCCUGUGUUCUUGUUAAGAAAUGCCAUGUAUACUGCACAAUUAUGCUUCACGCAACAUGAAAUUGUGUCAUCGAUUUCAGACGUAUUCAACGAUUUAUUCUUAUACCUUAAGCUAUCGGCACAAACUGCAAGGCAAACUGUCUUUUAUGCCCUACAGAGUUUUGCAAAUGUAUUUCAAUCACUUGAGAUAUUUGCAAAAACAGUUCUUAACGACUUGUUUACAUUAUGUCCAGCCCGUGUGUAAAUCCCUGAAAACCCCUUUGAUUCUGCAUCCUGAUUGUUGAUUUGUCUGUGUCCGAACAUGUAUUGCGACAGGAAUCAGUGUAUGCGACACUUCUCUUGUAUACAUAUAAUGUGUGUAGUUGUAGUUUACAUUUUAUUAAACACAUGUGUAUAUUCUUUUUAUAAACAGAAUAAAUACACAAAAGAUAA